AUGCCACUCCUUUCCCAGCCGUGGGCGAGCCCAGAAGGCUCAUCGAGUCGCCUGGUGGGCGCCGCCUGGGACUUGCCAGCGGGCGUGGCAGAGUCGGCUGCUCGCGCAGUCUCAUUCGUAGGCCCCCUAUCUCUCGGUGCAAUUGCUUGGGAGUUUGUCUGCAUCGACAUUGCGGCAUUCCUUUCGAUCACACUCUUUCCCCGUCGUCUCUGGAGCCGCAGCCAGACUCAAUCUUCGCCCAGACUCUUUUAUGCGACGGCUGCCUUCGGUUGCAUUGCUAGAGCAGCGGCCUUGGCUUGCAUCAGCAUCUAUCUCGCUUACACCCAUGGGGACCGCCAAGUAGACUGCCAGACAUGGGCGCACGCUGUUGCUGCCACCGCUGCCGUAUUCGAGCCGCCAAGACAGUCGCCGUCGUCAGAGGAAGAGAGCGAACUGGCCAUUGCCCUACAUGCCCAUCUCGGCUGGUGGUUCACCUUCCUCUGCGUCCUUCUCGCAGGCACCGUCCUGGCCUUUCUCGAGUCUUCAGCUAUUCUGAAAUUCGUCUAUCUUCCGGUCUCUGUUGCUCUCUGCCCUUUGAUCUGCAGGAAACUCUGGAGCAAAGACGAUGCGAACGUCUUGUCGACGGGCGAGUCGAAAAGGAGUCCAGUGAACUCGAUCAAUGACGGACGAGAACCGCGACGGGGCGUGAUGCUUCAAGAGGCCUGUGACCAACUGCAAUGGUGGACUGCUUCGUCGCCACCACCUACGCAGUGGAUCAGCGGCGGUGGUGUAGCAGGCCGCGAAGGUGUUGGUCCCAGCUCGAGACCCCACACAGCCUCUUCUGGGGCCACAGGUACGGCAGCUUCGAACAAUUCGACUCGAGGAAAGAAACUGGUACACCAUCUCAGCGGGAAGAGUUUGCGCAACCAGGUGAUGCGCAUCGUCGCAGACAACGCCGCCACGGGCGAGCACCUGCAUGCCCCUGUGGCAGUAUGCUCGCCGACGUCUUCCUCGGGAAGACGGACGAGCACAUCGUCGGGCAUGGCCAAGGCAGGAUCUGCAAAGUACAAGCAUCGAGUGUCGCCCAUGGCCAGCUCAAUCGCGACGACAUACUCGACGACGGGGACAGGCAGUCCGCAGGGGGAGGACCGCGUCAUGCAGGACAUCACCAACGUCUCCACCGGCAGCCUUUUCUACCCCUACACUUCGGUUGAAAAACCGAAGUCGCCGCUCAGGGCCAGCACAUUUGGAGACGAUGCACAGCAGCUGCCGAGCUCGACACAGACCCAGUAUGUCGUCGGUGGGCUAGGCCCUUCGCCACGCGGCGCCCGUAGCAAGAGUGCGAGAAAAGGCCUGCAGCAGCACAAGAGGAGCAACUCCGAAGGCGAUCCGCUGCCCUUGCCUCUUGAAAACAGCAUCAGGACAGACUCGAGCGGAUUGGCAGUGCGUAGCGAUGUGGUUCUGACGCCGCACACGGAGCUGAGCGAGCCGUCGCUGUCCGACUCGGCCAGCAGAAGCAGCAACAGCCCACUGGCGCGCGUGGCGACCGGUGCCCGUCGUGACGAGACCGUGGUCAGAAAGACCAGUGUCGAUGAGAUCAACGUGCUGCUCGACGCCAUCGAGGAUGCCAUUGGAGAAGGCACAACUUCCAGCAAAACAACAAGCCAAGAGCAGCACCUCGAUCGCAGCGAGGCACACAUGGACGACGAGCUGAGCGAUGACGAAGACGAUUCGGGCCUGAAGAUCCUGCGCCAGGCCAAGGAAGGCGCCUCGAUCAACCUGUCCCACGAGGCAGAACCGAGCAGCGAGGAAGAGCUGCGGCCAUCGUGGGCACAAGACGAUAAGCGCAAGGCAAAGGAAAAAGAGCACAAUGAAGCGCUCAAAACCGGCAUCGAAGCAGUCGACACCGACGUGCUGCACGAGUUCAUCGACGCGCGCGGCUUCCCACAGUCCAAGAGCAGCGACACGGGAGUGCCACGCAGCAGCGACGAGCUUUUCGCAAAGAAGCUGGCCAUAUUGUCAGAGCACAUCGAUGAGACGCAACACCACAGACGUGGCUCGAACGCCCAUACCGAGGCGUCUUUUGGCUUGGGCGACAUCGCCGACAACCCGCGGCUGAAGACGGUCCUUGCGAUGGGGUCCCAACCGCGGCAGAAUCCAUUCAAGAGUCCAGCAUCACCUUAUGUCCGCAGGAAGUCGAGCAACGGCGUCUCGUCACGAACGUCCGAGGGCUCCAGUGGAGCAAUAUCCAGCCCCAACUCGCUCUCAAAGUCUAGCUCCUCUUCUUUGGGCAAGCGAAGGGAAGGUCUGGGAAGCCAAGGGAAGCGCGAGAAGCUACUGCUGCGGAGUCGCUCCAACUCCAAGACGACCAUCGCCAGCACCUCUACCAGUUCCACUUCGGGCGCGUCGGCGCCCUCAGAGACCAUCGGCUCAGUCGUGGGACUCGGAGAGCGUGGUGGCUACACCCGCUCUCCCCAUCCUCUCGAUGUCGAGCAGGAUCUGCAGGCUGGUGAGGAAGCGGACGAAGUGGUGUCGGGCGAAGAGGAGCUUUCCAAGGUCAUGGGUGAUGCGGGGAACGAAAGUGAGUCAAAGAAGAAGACACAGUCUGAGCCAAGCGAUGAGGCCGAGAUCACGGCCAAGUCAAAGAGCAGGAACGAGCGAGGCAGCCGAGGCUCGUACUCUUCUAGCAGGAGCAUGGCACCGAAGCACAGUGGCAGCAGCUCCAAAAUGUCCGCGGGCGUCAAGCAGGGAGAAGGGCAGGCAAGCAAGCAGAACAAGCAGCAGACGCAGUGCUCAAGCACCAGCUGCGACACAAACGAUACCUUUGGAGGGCGGCUCUGAGUGCAGCGCCAUCAUCACAUACACCAGAGCUGUCAGACUCAUACGGACAGACUCGUUUGG